AUGCUUCGUUCUGAAGAGAUGUGUUCUAUUGCACUCUAUCUGAAUGGAAAUGGAAUCAGAUCAACGAUGGAUGACCUAGGCAGAAUGGACAUCAUCCAGAUCAAGAAGAAUCCAGUUAAAAAGAGCCAGACUGAAAAUGUCAGCCUGAAGAAUGCUGAGAGAGUUGAGCAGCAACUCGCCUACCUCAAAAUAGGCGCAUUCAACGAGAAGGCGGCUGAGAUGUCAUUUGAUCAGGCAGCAGCUGAAAUCACAAAGAGCUACAAGAAAAUGGUUGAUCUGAGACACAACGAGAAGGAUCUGAGAGCAAAGAAGGCUCAUUUGGAAGAAGAGUAUUUGAUGGCAAAAGAGGCGUAUCAUUUUGUAGAGGACGUGAACAGGGGAAAGAGCAUCAGGUUUGUGACAUGCAUUGUGGAGAGAGACAAGAAGUUUCUGAUCAAAAAGGUGCUUAGAACGACGAUGAAGAGGAAUUGCUACGUGAAAAUGGUUGAUGUUGAAUCAAAAUACGGUACAAUUCCAUUGAGUGUCUUCAUUGUCUAUGUUUACGGGGAUGAUCCAGAAAGAAGAGCCAAGGAAGUUAUUAGAACGAUGGGUGGACGCAUUCUGGAGACUGAGAAGGAGACAAGGACGCUUCAUGGGAUACUGGAAACCAAAAGAGCACUGAGGGAGAUUGGAAGAAGUCACCGUGAAAUGAAGAAGGAAAUAGCGGUAAAUGAGGGCUGUUUGAGGGAGAAAUACAAAGGGUGGCUUCAGACUGUGAGCAAAGAAAGACGCAUUUGCGAGGCCAUAAACAGCCUGGAAUCGAGCAAGGCUGUUUCAUUUGAAUCGGUUGAUGACGUACGAGAUGUCUACUACACUGGAGAGGCGUGGAUUCGUGCAGCAGAUCUUGGUCGCCUGAAAGCGGCCACCAGUCGCAGAACAAGGGGCUUCUACUGCGAGGAGAUCAAAACAAGGGCGGAUGAGACAGUUCCAACGCAUUUCAGGCUGAAUGAGUUCACCCGUGGAUUCCAAAACAUCACCAACGUAUUUGGAAUACCAAAAUAUCAGGAAAUCAACCCAGCCAUCUUCAUGGUGUUCACAUUCCCAUUCAUGUUCGGUGCCAUGUUUGGAGACGUCUGUCAUGGACUGAUUCUCCUCUUCAUCUCCUCGUACAUGAUCAGAAAUUUCAAUGCCUACGAUCACAAUUGUGGGGUAUUUCAGAUUCUGCUUGAAGGCCGCUACAUCGUCCUCUGCUGCUCAUUGGCCACAAUUUGGUUUGGCCUCCUCUACGGUGACUUUGCUGGAACCAGCAUCGCCCUCUUCAGGUCGCAAUUUGAGACUGGUCGAACGUAUCCAUUUGGAAUUGAUCCAAUUUGGCACCACGCUGAAAACUCAAUGACAUUCACUAACUCCCUCAAAAUGAAAAUGAGUCUCAUUAUUGGAUUCAUUCACAUGUCAACUGGAUCAGUGAUAUCACUGCUGAAUGCAAGACACUUUCAGGACACCCUGACAUUCUACGCAGUGGCUCUCCCCCAAUUCAUCGCAUUUGGCCUCUUUCUUGGCUAUUUGGUCUUCCUCUGCCUCUACAAGUGGCUUGUUACGGUUGAUCACCCCUCUUUGGUUGAAGUACUGAUUGGAAUGUACACUGAUCCAUUCAAUAAUACAAAUCAGAUGUACAGUGGACAGCUCUACGUCCAACUGUUCAUUCUGGCUGUCAUUCUCCUCUGUGUCCCAUGGAUGUUCUUCUCUAAGCCACUCUUCUCAAUUCUACGUCACCGUGUUAAGGGUGAUCAAAUACUUGAUUUAUGGAUCAAUAGUGGAAUACACACAAUUGAGUUUGGAUUGGGUCUCAUCAGCAACACAUCAAGCUACCUGCGUCUAUGGGCAGUAUCACUCGCCCAUGUUCAACUAACAGGAGUACUCCACCAGUUUACAAUUGGAGCAGGUGGAAUAUUCUACAAGGUGGCAAUUGCACCAGUCUACGCAUUGGCCACUCUUCUGCUUCUGAUUGGACUUGAGGGGCUUUCAAGCUGUCUCCACGCUCUCAGGCUGAAUUGGAUUGAAUUCUUCAGCAAAUUCUACACCGGUGGUGGUGAAAAAUUUGAUCCACUGGGAUUCGAACUCACCUACGAUGAGAUCCACGAUGAGUAA